AUGUGCGGCAUCUGUCUUCUUGUACGGCAGAAGCUCGUGAACGCCACGGCCACUACCACAUCAGCGCUAGCUUCACCGCAGCAGUCGGCAAAGUCCAGCCCGGCGGUCCCACACUCGAAUCCCUUCUAUCCGCCGCAGGACGAGGCGGAGCAGCAGCAGCAGCAGCAGCAGCACCACCACCACAGACACCAUUCCAACGGCAUCAGCAGCGUCGCCUCUUUUCCGUCUUCUGCGGUGCAGACGCACCGCCUCACCCCAUGUCUCUGCCCACAGGCAGGGCUGGAUGCGAAGGACUUCCUCAGCAGCAGCGACGACAGCCCCACUGCCAAUUACCUCUUUGACGAAAUGGUCCGCAAUCUGCGCCGCCGCGGCCCUAACGCGUACGGCGUCACGCGGCGCUCCUUCUCCACCGUCUGCCAGGUGCCCACUGAUGGCGGUGUGUCGUUGACGCAUCCUGUGCCACUGAUGACAUCCGUGGACAGGGCGAACGGCGGGAACGCGACAACGAACGCUGCUGCCCCGCACGUGUCUGUGCCCGCCAGCGCCGCCGUACGCGUCCGUACAGAGGUGGCAGGCGUGGCGUCCGUUCUUGGCCUGCGCGGCCACUCCACAGUCGCGCAGCCCUACGACGUGAACGUGGAAGCGGACGCCGAGGAAGACGGUCCGGCCAAUUCGUGGGACUACCGCUCCUCCCUCUUGUGGAACGGGGAGAUCUUUGGCGGUGCUCUCUGCCCGCCUCCGUGGGGCUCCGACACAGUGCUGCUGGCGAGCCGCCUCUCCCAAAUGGAGUUGGAGUGCGUGAACAUGUCACAAGAGAACGCAGCAGGGCCCAAGCAUCUCCCACUGGCGCAGCGUCAACGCAUGUUCCUGCGCAAGUGCACCACUCUGCUUGAGCAGGAGGUGGAGGGUCCGUACAGCUUUAUCUUCAUUGCGGCACGGCUGCGUCUCGCCAUCUUCGGGCGAGAUCCACUCGGUCGACACUCGCUCCUCACGCACAUUCGCGUGAUGGUGCCGCCGUCAAAAGCGGGGCACAGGUGGCCCGCGACUGCCACGACCCGCACCGCUCCGGUGGCGACGCAUGAAGUACCAGCCGAGUUGGAUGUGGAGCUCAUUGUCACCUCCGUAGGUGUGCAGCAUCGCCUGCCGGCAAGCCCCAAGACCCCAGCCACGGAAGUCGCGAACACUGCCCCCACCUCGGCGCUUUCCUCCUCCUCACACAUGGCGAGCAGCAACAGCCACCUGCCAUGCCCGGAAGAUCCCGCGAAGGUCGAGGGUGGUAGUGCAGCCAAGCCGAAGCGCCCUCGCCAUGAGAAGGCGGAGUCGGUAGCGACUAGCCCCCCUCCCCCAUCUUCUGCCCUGUCGGGUCCGGGGCUCUUGUCAGUACCGAGUGCUGGAGACGAAGAGGACGACAGUGGUGAUGCUUCCAGUGCCGGUUUCCGAGAGGUCUGCUGGCAGGAGGUCGGUGUCACAGGACUCUUCGCGGUUCCUCUGCAGGCUCCUCUCGUCUACCGCGAUACCGCAACGGCAGCUGCAUUGGAGGCGGAGACGUGGUCUGCUGAUAUCGCUGUCUCUGAAGACAGGGCGACACACCAGACGCUUAAUCUUCACCCCGUGUGCCUCUCUGCUGAGGCAGUGGUGAGCGGCGCCGGUGACGGGUAUCAAGCCACUCUCCGGGCCGCUCACAUGCUACUCUUGCACUGCCCGUGGCAGCGGUCAAACCACCUUGUGCAUCCGCUGCUGCGCACAGUCGGGUUGCCGAUGGUGCCGCACGAGCCGCCGUCCUUCGAGCUCAUUCUCGCGCAUGAGGAGAUUGCGGUGCUGCCGGAGCCGCUUCUGCAGUGGGCGCGCCACCUGAUGAAGAGCAUCCAGCCCGGGGAGGCACUGGACCAGAGCUGGGUGGACUGGGCUGCUGCACAUUACAUGCUGGCCCUCGCUGUCUCGAUGCACCGCCGCAUCACCGUGGCGAACGCCGGCGCAGCGGACGGUAGUGAUGCGCAGGAACUGACAGCCGCGCGUCGGCGUCCCCUGUGCAUUCUUUUUUCCGGCGGUAUCGACUGUACCGUCAUUGCUGCCCUGGCGCACUACCUGCUGCCUGUAGAGACCCCCAUUGAGUUGGUAAACGUGGCAUUCGGCGAGACGCCAGAGCAGGCGCCCGACCGAGUCGCCGCCUUCCGCUCCAUGGAGGAGCUUCUGCGCCUACCACUCCUUCAUGCAUUGGGCGACGACGCGGCGGCAGGUGCCACAGGGACUGCAGCCGCCACGCCAGAGCGGGAAUGGCGCCUGAUCUUGGUUGACGUCCCGUCGAAGUCCACCUCAGACAGCGCCCACAUAAAGGACCUGCUCAUGCCGCGGCACACCGUGAUGGAUCUCGACAUUGGCACGGCGCUCUGGUAUGCCGCGCACGCCUCAGGUCGAAUGCAGUCAUUGCGUCGCAGCGACGUGCUAGGCAGUGACACCCCGGCGACAACAGAGGCGUGCGGUGGCCCGACAUUACCGGCCGCCCCCGUGCGCACCGACAUGGGCAGUCCCACCGUCACACUGGACGAGUUCUCCAAGCACUUCCGCGCUUACACCGGUGUUACCCCCGUCACCAGUUGUCCACCUGACGGAGCGGUAUCGGACGUGCGGCCUCCCGCCACCUCUUCCGCCUUGCUCGCCCCCAACGCCACGCACAUGACGGCGACCGCCCUGCUGCCCUCCUCGUCGGCCGCGCCUGUCGACUCCGACUCUGUAGCAAACACGCAGAAGUACCAGAUUCUAGUGGAUGUUCUUGUCAAGGAGGGACGCAGUGGCUCUGGUCCGCACACGCCGGUGCUGCUCUCCACGCUGGGCAAAGAGUACAGCCUCUUUCUUCAACCGCAUAUCAAGCGCUACAGCUACAAGAAGCUCGGCAGCUUCUUGAACGACGCCGCAAGGGCGGGUUACGUCCAGUUUGCCCCGGACGCCCCAUCCAAGGCGGUGCGUCUCUGCCGGCCGUGCGACAUGCUGCGGGCCGCUGCCGUGCCGCCGAGUCCAUGGUUCACGACCGUAUACAUGAAGGCGAAGGAGCCGAUGCACGCUGCCGACGGAUCGGUGCAGCCGGCGCCGCCGUGCCCGGGAACGUGUCAAGCGUCGUACGUGUCGCAGGCAAAGGUGGUACUGCUCGGCAUGGGCGCCGACGAGACGCUAGGCGGCUACACGCGCUACCGACGCUUCUUUCAGCGAGAGGGCAUGCCGGGUGCCCGACGAGAGCUGCAGCGUGACUUCGCCAGACUGUGGCAGCGCAACUUAGGUCGUGACGAUCGCAUCACAAUGGACAGUGGCCGGGAGCCACGUUUCCCAUAUCUCGAUGAGGGUGUCAUGCGUACCCUGGAGUGGACGGUUCUGAAGCGUCGCAACAACAUCCUGGACACACGCGAGCUGCUGUCGCGGCACACGGCGGAGAGCGGCGCUGCUGCUGAGGGUGCAGUGUUGUCGACGACGUCUAACUCGCAUGAGGGAGCGCCACCGCUGACGAGCGACGAGCUUUUGCAGCUUGCCCUCGAGCCCAUUGUCAACUUUCACUUGAAACUCGGCGAAGGUGAUAAGCGUGUUUUGCGGCGCGUGGCGAGCGUAUUGGGCCUGAGCGACGUUACACAUUUACAGAAGCGCGCCAUUCAAUUUGGUUCCCGCAUUGCAGAACGCAAAAUCAAAGGCACCAACGACUUCUGA